UAUUAGUUUAUGAACCAGCGAUUAGAAAUAAGGCAGAAAUCUUACAAAAAUUUGAAAUAAAUUUUGGUUAUGACAGAUAUAGUCUAUCAAGCACUCAAAAUAAAGCUAGUUCAAUCAGAAGUGAAUUAAAUG